UAUAUAAAGUAUAUAUUAUUUAUUAUAUUAAUUAUAUAAUACAUGAAUGAAAAAGCAUUUAUUAAGGGAUCACUAUGUGCCAAGCAAUGUGUUAAGCACAGAAGAUAUAAAUAAAAAGUGGGGACAGCCUUUGCUUUUAGCAAACUCACAAUCUAAUGAAAAGGACCAUACAUACAAGGUUUCAGUUGCAUGUUAAAUAAGAAAGCCCUGUGGUGGUCUUUAGGAUGCAAUAAAAAAGCAGAUGGAAACACCUCAUUUGAGACCUUUUAAGACAACAUUUUGUUCUAUAAAUGAGAUGUCUUUUAUAACCAACAAACUAUAAACUCAGUGAAACCUUAUAUUUUCUGCACCUUUGAUUUUAAUGUGUGGCGACAAAGAUAAGAUGAAGUCUUUUAUAGCAUAUUGCUUGAAAAAUCUUACAUGUUUACUACUUCUACCUUUAUCAAAUAUGCCCUCAAUAAUUAAAAUAGAAAUUUUUGUUGUGAUCAGAAACUAGGCAUAGAUGUCAGCAGUUAUUGAUGUAUUCUCAUUGUACAGUUUGGGCUGAUUUUUGCCAAAUAUUUUACAAAGAUAUUACCUUCAGACACCUAUCUUUUAGUUAUCUUAGUGAUUAAUUCUUUAGUGCUCUAAAAAUUUCAUUGACUUUGGCACAAACUACUUCUGUGACUUUUCUUUGGUCUAACUAUUCUUCCUACUUUUGUACAUUUUUUACAGCAAUUUAGGGAUCAUGAUGUUAGUGCCAAGUGUAGUAGGCUAUUUGACAUUGAUUGAGAGUAGUUUGUUGUAGAAGUCUGGACACAUCUUUUCACUUUUAAAUCUACCAGUUGACUUAAGGUUUCAUACCUAAAUGUCCUAGGGGUGUUGGCCUAAUUGAAAUCCUCCUCAAGCUUUUUAUAAACAUAUUUUUUCCUUUCAAGGCGCCUUGAUGUUUUGUGAAAGAAUACUCAAAAUCUUUUCCAUUGUACAAUCUGCUCUAAGGUUGUACAAAUUUAUGUUCUCAAACUUCUAAAUUAUUGCCCUUCAUUGUCAUAUCAUUCUUUUUAGCAGAUACGAAGUAUUAGGAAAACUUCUUUAAUCUUUUAGUCUUCUUUUACAAGAGUUUACACUGGGUAAAAUUCUUUAAGAGAAAGUAAUAAUUUAUGUAGAUAUUUGUUCUUUUGUCAUUUUGCUUGGUGGUAGUGGUUAAUGUCUUGUUUAAAUUGGUCAGAUUGAAGCUAUUUUAAUUAUAAAAGACUUUUCAUUUUUGUUCUUAUUUGGUAUUAAUUUUCAUCUUUUCUCUCUACAGGUUAAUACUCUAGCUUUAUAGAGACAAGCUGAUAAAAAAUGACUUGAGCAUUGUUAACCAGGUGUUUCCUGUCUGUUAAAAUAUGAACUGUUUGUGUGUGUGUGUGUGUGUGUGUGUGUGUGUGUGUGUGUGUGUGUGAGAGUGUGUGUGAGAGAGAUGUUAUUGGUAUUCAAAGUGUCCAUUGCUUCCCAGCUCUGUUAAAUAAAAUAUUGUUUCUGUAUAGGUUCAAGACUAAUAAAUGUGUAAAUUAUCUUGAUAACUAUCUUGACAACUUCUUUGUGUGAUGAAGAUGUGUAAGACUGACUCAAUUUACCUGAGACCCAGAUUAAUUUGAAGAAACUAAGGACCCAGGGUAAGUCAAGAGAUUUGUCAACUUUGUAAUGGCUACUUCACAACCUUCACGAACAGUAGCAUCACAGGUGCCUUUUGCAGAUUUGUGUUCAACUUUAGAACGAAUACAGAAAAGUAAGGCCCGUCCAGAAAAAAUCAAAUACUUCAAGGAAUUUUUAGAUUCAUGGCGGAGAUUUCAUGAUGCUCUUCAUAAAAAAGAAAAAGAAGUCACAGACUCUUUUUAUCCAGCCAUGAGACUUAUUCUUCCCCAACUAGAACGAGAGAGGAUGGCCUAUGGAAUUAAAGAAACUAUGCUUGCUAAGCUUUAUAUUGAGCUGCUUAAUUUACCAAAAGAAGGAAAAGAUGCUCAGAAACUUUUAAACUACAGAACACCAACUGGAACUCGUGGAGAUGCUGGAGACUUCGCAAUGAUUGCAUACUUUGUGUUGAAGCCACGAUGUCCAAAGCAAGGGAGCUUAACAAUACAACAAGUCAAUGACAUUUUAGACUUAAUUGCUAGCAACAAUUCAGCCAACAGAAAGGAUCUGGUAAAGAAGAAUCUCCUUCAGCUCAUAACUCAGAGUUCAGCUCUUGAACAAAAGUGGCUUAUCCGAAUGAUCAUAAAGGAUUUAAAACUGGGUUUUAGCCAACAAACUAUAUUUUCUCUUUUUCACAGAGAUGCUGCUGAGCUGCAUAAUGUUACAACUGAUCUAGAAAAAGUCUGCAGACAACUUCACAAUCCUUUAGUUGGACUCAGUGAUAUUUCAAUCACAUUAUUUUCUGCUUUUAAACCAAUGCUAGCUGCUGUGGCAGAUAUUCAGCGGAUCGAGAAGGACAUGAAACACCAGGGUUUCUACAUAGAAACAAAACUAGAUGGUGAGCGCAUGCAAAUGCACAAAGAUGGAGAUGUGUAUAAGUUUUUUUCUCGAAAUGGAUAUGAUUACACUGAACAGUUUGGUGACUCUUCCCUUAAUGGUUCUUUAAUACCAUUUAUUCAUAAAGCUUUCAAGACAAACAUACAAAACUGUAUUCUUGAUGGUGAAAUGAUGGCCUAUAAUCCCAACACACAAACAUUCAUGCAGAAGGGAAGUAAGUUUGAUAUUAAAAGAAUGGUAGAGGAUUCUGAUCUACAGACAUGUUAUUGUGUUUUUGAUGUACUGAUGGUAAAUAAUAAAAAACUGGGGCAUGAGGCCCUGAGAAAAAGGUAUGAAAUUAUUAGUACCGUCUUUACACCAAUAAAAGGUAGACUUGAAGUGGUACAGAAAACAGAGGCAAACACCAAAAAAGAAGUCAUUGAUGCCUUAAAUGAAGCAAUAGAUAAACGAGAGGAGGGGAUCAUGAUUAAAAAUCCACUUUCCAUUUACAAGCCAGAUAAACGUGGUGAAGGAUGGUUAAAAAUUAAGCCAGAAUAUAUAAAUGAGUUAAUGGAUGAACUGGAUAUUUUAAUUGUUGGUGGCUAUUGGGGUAAAGGUUUGCGAGGAGGAAUGAUGUCUCAUUUUUUGUGUGCAGUAGCAGAAACACCUCCUCCUGGUGAAAAACCAUCUGUGUUUUAUACUCUUUGUCGUGUUGGUUCUGGAUAUACCAUGAAAGAACUAUAUGACCUUGGUUUGAAAUUAUCCAAACACUGGAAACCUUUUCAUAAAAGAGCUCCACCAAAUAGCAUCUUAUGUGGUACAGAGAAACCAGAAGUUUACAUUGAACCUUGUAAUUCUGUCAUUGUUCAGGUUAAAGCAGCAGAAAUUGUCAGCAGUGAUAUGUAUAAAACUAAUUGUACACUACGAUUCCCUCGAAUUGAAAAGAUAAGAGAAGAUAAAGAGUGGUAUAAGUGUAUGACUCUAGAUGAAUUAGAAAACCUCAGAGGGAAAGCAUCUGGAAAGCUUGCUUCUAAACACCUCUUUAUAGGUGGUGAUGAUGAAGAACCACAGGGAAAAAAAAGGAAAGCUAUUAAGGUUAAGAAAACUAUUGGGAUCAUUGAACACUUAAAAGCUCCUGAUCUUUCUAACAUAAACAGAAUUUCUAAUGUAUUUGAAGAUGUGGAAUUUUGUGUUAUGACUGGAACGGACAGCCAUUCAAAACCCGAUCUGGAGAGUCACAUAGCUGAAUUAGGUGGUUAUAUUGUACAGAACCCUGGCCCAGAUACUUACUGUGUAAUUGCAGGUACUGAGAAUGUGAGAGUGAAAAAUAUCAUCUCUUCAAACAAACAUGAUGUCGUAAAGCCAGAGUGGCUCUUAGAGUGCUUUAAGGCCAAAGAAUGUGUGCCAUGGCAGCCUCAAUUUAUGAUUCACAUGUGUCCUUCCACAAAAGAACACUUUGCCUGUGAAUAUGACUGCUAUGGUGACAGUUACUUUGCUGAUACAGAUGUGGUACAACUGAAGGAAGUGUUUUCAAGAAUUAAAAAUGUUAAGGAAGAGAGUCCUAAUGAAAUGGCUUCAGUAAUUGCAGAUUUAGAAGAUAGAUAUUCUUGGGACAACUGCCCUCUCAGUAUGUUCCGACACUGUACCAUGUAUGUGGAUAUAUAUGCUAUUAUUAAUGACCUCACUACACAAAUCGAGGGAACCAGACUAGCCAUUAAAGCUCUGGAGCUGCGGUUCCAUGGAGCAAAAGUUGUUUCAUGUUUAGAAGAAGGAGUGUCCCAUGUAAUCAUUGGAGAGGAUCAUAGUCGUGUUGAGGAAUUCAAAGCUUUCCGUAGAACUCUUAAGAGAAAGUAUAAAAUCCUACAAGAACUUUGGGUAACUGAUUCUCUGAAAAAAGGUGAAUUACAAGAAGAAAAUCAGUACUUGAUAUGAAACUAGCUUUCUUAAGAAGGAAAGUCCUUCAUUUUGUCCAGGAAGAAUCACUGAAGUGAGUAGCUAUCAUAUGCAGUAAUAAACACUAUAGCUUUAAAACCUACAAAUUCAAAACCCAUGCUUAUAGAACAUUAUUAGGUGUAACAAAACAACAAUUUUAAUUUUUUUAGAAAUUGAAAUGAAUAAAAGCUGAAGAGGUAGAUGUCUUCUCAGCCAGUUAACAGUUGAUAAUUUUUAUGGCCAAGAGAAAAUAAUUACUGUUUGUGAAGCAAAGGUUAUUACUGAACAAUCCUCAAGAGAACUAGAAAUUUUAAUAAAGUAGCUGCAAAAUGCAUUUUCAAACAUUUGAAAUAAUUAAAAUCACCUAUUUUAAUAAUAGCUACUAAGUAAAGGACAGAACUACUUUUUUUUUUUUAAUUGAUGCUUUUAAAUACACUACUUUAGAACUAGCAUAUAUCUGAUAGCUGAUGAAGGAAUACCAUACUACAGAUGAUGUCCCUGUGUCUAGGGUUAUGGUCAUAGAUUUUUUUCUGACAAAAAGAAAGUAAUGUGACACUACAGUUAAUUGAGUUGAUGUUAAGUUGAUUGUGUAUCAAUAAGAUCUUUAGAUAAAAUAGGAUAAGUUAAGCUAGACAAUAUUUUAAAUAAAGUUGGAAUAUAGUUACAAUAAAACUAAUCAUCACUAGUUUUAAUUAAAAGUUUAUAUUUCAUGUAUUUUAGGAAGAUAUCUUUAUCUGCUUUUUGGAUCCAAAAGUAUACAUACAGAUGAGUUCUUCUAGAACUAAAGAGAUAAAAAUCUUAUGCUUUAUAGAGAAGCUAUUAUUUUAUUUGACAUUCUUUUUUUAAGAAUUUAUAUUUAAAAUGUAUGAAUAAAUUAUUUUUUAAUUAUAUAAUCCAUUUGAGGGGAAUUGACAUUGUUUUUAAUAUUUUGAACAUUGUUUUUCAAAGCCUAUUUUUCCAUUGCAAGGCAGAAAUGCUGUUUAAAAAUCAAUGCUAAUGGUAAAUGUUUUAUAAGAAUUUUAGAAAUGAUAAUAAAUUAUGUUUUUGUUGUAUUUAUUUAAAUAAAGUAUGAGCAAUUUUUCAGAAAAA